AAGAAGAAGAAGAAGAAGAAGAAGAAGAAGAAGAAGAAGAAGAAGAAGAAGAAGAAGAAGAAGAAGAAGAAGAAGAAGAAGAAGAAGAAGAAGAAGAAGAAGAAGAAGAAGAAGAAGCAUGUAUUCAUCUCGUUAGGAUCUCAUUGGAGAAGAAGAAGCAUGUAUUCAUCUCGUAGCGAACAUCAUGCAGCUCAAAGGACAGGUAUCUUCUACCAGGCCAUGCCUGCCAUAGGAGCUGAUGGCAAGAACGUCAUGUCGCUGAUCCCUGUUCAAAUGGUUAAUGGAAAUAUUGUCCAAACUCAAAAAAACAAGCCUCAAACAUGCAAGUUUAUACCAGUAACCGUUGGACCUGCACCUGUUCCCAAUAGAAGAAAGGCACUCAUGACUUCUUUAGCCACCCAACACACAGUCAGCAGUCCGGCUUCCUUUGUGAAUUCUUUGCCCAAUCAACUUGGUAUAGCAGACCAAAGGCUGGCGCUUGGCGUGUCGUUAAAUCACCACCCGUUAAGGAUUUUUGAACCGCACCCCAGAAGCCAUGUGCAAGCCGUUCCAGCAUCUCAACCUCCCUCUUGCAGAAGGAGACAGAUUUGCACUCCAUUAACGAACACCUUAUCGACUUCAGACCCGACUUGUAGGACCAAUGGAUCGUCCAAGACAUCCGUCUAUGAAAGCGAUGCUGUUUCAAACCAUUCCGAAGCUGAGAGUAUUUGGUCUGCAUCGCCUCAGACGUCACUGUCACUGGGCGUAUCCAAUGCACAUUUGAAAUUAAUUCCAAAGGUUUCCAAUAGGUCCAACAGCCCAAUGAAGUGGGUGAUUGAAGAAGUUAACUCCAAUGAGUCAUCUACUGAACUUUCACAUUCUUUGACAGUUAGUUCCAAUACCUUUCCAACGACGGAACAGGGCAGCAAGAACGUUGGGAGAGUGCAAAGUCUUUGUUUCAAUACAUUUCAAACAACGGAACAGGGCAGCAAGAACGUUGGGAUAGUGCCAAGUCUUAGUUCCAAGACUUUUCCAACAAUGGAACAGGGCAGCAAGAAUGUUGGGAUAGUGGAAAGUUUUAGUUCCAAGACUUUCCAAAUAAUGCAACAAGGCAGUAAGAAUGUUGGGGUAGUGCAAAGUCUUAGUUCCAAGACUUUCCAAGCAAUGGAACUGGGCCCCAAGAACGAUGGGAAGCCUGUUCAUCCAUCGGGCUUGACAAGAAACUCCCGAAGUGAAGCUGAUUGUCAAAAAGCCUUGGUCAUAUAUGACGGCACGGUGUUUUUUGCAUCCACAAAGUGCAACGUUUCACUUCCAACAGGGAGCCAGGAAACCUUUUCAACCACUGCGGCUGAAAAAGUUUGCCGUCGCAAAGAAUUCCCAGUAGCAUCAUCCCAGAGUUCACUCAUUAUUUCAAAGGAGCCAAAUGAAGUGAUCGACCUUUGCAAUGACAAUAAUCCAGAGGAUUUGUGUCAGACAACACCAUCUGUUCCUUUGGAUGAAGAUAAUGUGAUAUUUGUGUCCUAUAUUCCACCAAACCCGAAGUCUGUGCCAACACUGUGCCCGGUAGCUGAAACACUUGAGAAUGAAACCGACCAGACAAGCAUAAAGAGCCUGGACAGUGUGACUGAACACAACAAUGGUUCCAGUUCUGUCCUUAAUCAACUAACACGCAAACACACAAACGGAGUCCCUACUGAAAGAAGACUACAACCUGACCAGAGCAUGUUGGUCAGCACAGAAACUCAUAAAAUUGAUGUCAUAAGUAGUCAAUACAGGACGAAGCAACAGAUGGACAACGUGGAGCUGGCCCUAGAAGUGAAGAGUUUGUCAGAUUCCAGUAUUUCAGAUCACAACAACAGAAAAUCCACAGAUGAAAUCAAGAUCUCGUCAAAUGCAGAACCAGUGUGCAGAUCUUCCAGAAAGCACAAAACUGACCACCUUUACAGGAAAAUGUUUGGGAUUACGUCUGAGGUGAAAAUUUGCCUGCAGAAGAUGAACACCGUAUCAUCUGAGGAGUCUGAAGAGAAGAGAUCCUCGUUGAAAUGGAAGGAACUUUGUUGGCAGGACUCUGACAUUAAAAAAAGGAAACUCUCAUACAAAGAUCAUUUGCCAGGAGUUACAGUUCCUCUAAGUCCGGAUGCACAUGCUUUGUGUGAUCUGGACCCGAAUUCAGUGGUUGGUUACGUGGAGCCGAUAGAUGACGAUCUCCCCGACAUGGCUGAAUCACACGCCACCAACUCCCAGGACUCGGCUGUUCAGGCCCUCAACAGUGUUCCUACGAACACAAGCAGAAUGGGAAGGGCCAGGAAGCGCACAAAGUGUCCAUGUUGUGUCUCCGGCGGUCUGAGGGUGGACGUCCCGGCCAGGCCAAGAGUGCUCAAAGUAAGGAAAGAGUGUAAAAGUGGUGGACGUCAGCAAAAGUUCAAAUCAAACAAGUGAAUGUAAGACCCGACCUCAACCAGAAACACUAAAAGCAGCACAUUUUGAAUUUAGACUGCAAUGCACCAGUUUGUGUUAUUUGGAAAUGUUACACAACAGAUGUCCUACACUGACCAUCCCUGUCAACAAUCAAGUAAGGAAAUCCCUUUUUGCAAUUCCAUCCCUAUUUUUGCUGGUAUAUUUUCCUAUGCUGCUGAAAUAUGAACUUUAAUACUCGUCUGCACUAUAUUGUAAGUUUCAUAGAAUUGUUUAAGUAUUU